GGGGUAAACAAGGGCCGGGAGUGACGGUUUAAUGGCGGCCUCAUCUUGUGGGAGUCAAGUCUCUUGUGGUCGCCGGCUGUGAAUGACGACAGUGCGGCCCGGGGGCUCGGUGUUAAUGGCGAUGCGUUGAGCCGCUGGUGCGGUGGCGCCAUGAGCAGAAGGAUGAAGACGGAGUACAUGAGGAGGUUUACGGGGCCGCGCUGGGACACGUACGGCAGCUGUUACCGCGACCUGGUGCAGUACCGCGGCGUGAGGCGGCUGCUGGAGCAGGCCCACUGGCCCUGGGUGUGGACAGGCUGGGACAGCGGCUCCGCUCCUCCACCCCCCCCAGACCAACGCUGCCCUGCGACCCGCCUGCUGACGCCCGGAGCCCAGCCUGAGACCGGGGACAGGCCCGGGGCCCAGGCGGGGGUCAGGCCCGGGACCCAGGCGGGGUACAGGCCCGGGACCCAGCCUGAGACCGGGGACAGGCCCGGGGCCCAGGCGAGGGACAGGCCCGGGACCCAGCCUGAGACCGGGGACAGGCCCGGGGCCCGUCAGGGGGUCAGGCCCGGGAUCCAGCCCGAGGCCGGUCCCGGGAUCCAGGCAGGGAUCAGGCCCGGGGCCCAGGUGGGGGUCAGACCCGGGGUCCAGGCGGGGAACAGGCCCGGGGUCCAGGCAAGGGUCAGGCCCGGGGUCCAGGCAAGGGUCAGGCCCGGGGCCGCGCCUUACCCGGCCGCAGGAUUUAAUGUCUCAGCCAAGGACAUAAUUGUUCAGGGGAUUCAAAGGGAUAAAAGCCACGACCAGGCCAAGGGUGACUUGUGCGGCUACCGUCCUGUGAAAAGUGCAAGUCUGGAAAAAUCUCUCAAAACGUCUCGAGCAUCACCAGCAGCUGUUGUCAUAAAGGAAACCAAGGCUCCAUUUGCAAUGUAUGGCUGGGCGGAGAAGGAAGUGGAAGUGGGCUGUAAAAAAACGUACAAUGUUGGCGCUUCUGCUUUGCCAGGACAAAUUUAUGAAUCCGCAGUCCGGGCGCAGGAUAGACAUCAAGUGCAAAGAGCGAUGCGUGUAUCUCGGGUACGAGACACAGAACCACCCACUAAUUGUGCAGCCGACCACCACUCUAAGACUUUCCAAAAUCGCAAAACUACUUCUGAACACUCGCCAGUUGGAGCAUUGCCAUCUGCUGGAGACGACGAUCCCUGGCUCUCGGAGUAUACGAGAUGUUUUUCAACACGGUCCCUCUGAGUCCCAGCAACAUUCUGCAAAUGGAGCUUAGGGGAAAUUAUUUUGUUUAAUUAUUGGGGCCCAUGUUGAUCUUAAUCACUGUUUCAGUGCAGGGCUUGAUUGCGGUCUGUAUUAUUGGAGGUAAUUUAUAUGUAAAACUCACAAUCAGCAAUGUAUUAUUGACUUGCAGGUACGACCUUGGUGACUUUGGUCUUCUGUCAACCACUGACACGACUUGAUGUUUAUUUUUUACAAAAAACAUUUUUUGUGAUGUGUGAAAUAGAAUCCAUUACUGUAACCUUUCUAACAUCAAGUCCUGUAGGUAGAGUUCAACUACAGUUGAAUUUUACAAAACUCAACUUUAUUUUGCAUAGUGUAAUAUCUUUUGUAUCGCAUUGACACUUUCAAAUCACACUGCACCUGCGAAUAUCAAUGAAUCCUUUUCUCUAAUGGGGUUAGGUUUUAUCAUGUUCUUGGGUGCUUGUCCUUUGUAAUAUUUGUAGAGUAUCGCCAUUACCAGAUCACAGCUUGUGGAGUCUCAUGGUGCACACAUUAGCAACUCCAAUUCUGACCGUGGCCACACUUUGUAAAGUGUUUGUGGAUAACCUUGUGUUGUCGGGUGCAUGAUUUAAAUGUGAAAUUUGUGCCCGAUUUAGACCUAGCUGUUUUAACUUUUUCACUGUACAUGUGGAGUGCAAUAGAAAAUUACUAUUUUCUUUUGUUACCUUGGAAUUUUGAUACAAUACAAUUUAUUUUGAAUAAAAUCAGUGUUUGGAAAUUAUGGGCUUUUUCGUGAUAGGGAAAUGUUCUUGAGGGCAUCAGGAAACAUUCUGAUGACAUGAAAUUCAGUUCACCAAAUAACAGCAGCGUGAAAUUAUUAAAGCAAUUGAUAUCAAUUCAUUAAAAUUCAAGGUGUUGAACAGUUUCUCAUCAGCUCCAUCCAGGUCAAAGUCAUACAGCAUGGAAAUAGUUUUCAAGAGAGAUUUAGCACUUAGGACUAAAGGAAUCAAGGGAUAUGGGGGGAAAAGCAGGAACGGGAUACUGAUUUUAGAUGAUCAGCCAUAAUCAUAUUGAAUGGCAGUGCUGGCUCAAAGGGCCGAAUGGCCUAC